AUGUCUUAUACAGAACAUUGCGCAGCUUUGUUCGCUACUCGUGCUGGGGUGACUCCAGUCGACAUCGUCAAUAUUGCAAGAUGGAUUCAUGUGCCUUAUAAAAUCGCUAAAACAAUGAUGCCAGCAGGAUUUUCUGACAGAUUCCGACUUCACGAUAGUAACUUCUUGAAAGCUUUAACGGAGGACAUCGAUGUAAAUUACAUUCCGACCACACUGGGUGGAAGCAAUGAGGUAAAAUGA